AUGCACGCGCACAUCCUCAUCACUCGCCUCCCGUCGUCUCGCCUCGAUGUCGUCCCUCCUCACCCGCAAGCGACCCCAUCCACUGUCCUCCUCGCGCUCGUCCUCCUCGUCCUCCUCCAGCGGCUCCUCAACCACCACGGCCUCGCGGUGAUCGCCAAGGCCGUUCUCGCGACCCUGUCUCCGGUCCUUAUCCUCGCCGCCGGCCUCGUCGUCCUCGCCUUCGACCUCCAGCCGUUCCUCCCCGCGGCCGGAGCCGUCGUAGGGGCUGGCCUCGGUGUGCUCCGGCUGUGGCUCUUCAAGACGUCGCUCCGCCACCACUCGGCACGCCUCUCCGCGCGGGGGGCGCAAGCGGAGGCCGAUCUGCUGGCCUUCGACGCCGUCGCUACUGGAGUGCUGUCGGCGCUGGGGAGGAGCGCGCGGAAGGAGGCGGCGGUCGCGCGGCCAGAGCUCGAGCUGGCGGGGUCGGCCGCGGCGCCCGUGGCGCUGGCACAGGGGUCGGUGUUGGAUGCGGUCAUCGAUGGGGAGGCGACGGCGUUGCGCGAGGCGGAGGAGGGGAAGUUCCGCGCGGAGGUCAAGAGCGUUGUGGCCAUGCGGACGGAUCGGACGUUGAUGGACGCGGUGAGGGGGUCAAUGGAGAUGCAGGACGGUCGGGUUGUCGAGAUGGACGAGCUGGAGGCGGAGUACGAGAGAGCGAAGGCUGAGGUGGAGGGGCUGCACGCUUGGGAGGCUCAGGUUCGGGCAGCCGUAUGGGUGUGGCGAGAUUGCUCUUUCGUGGCCAUCGGGUCGCUGGGCGAACGCUCAUGGCGGGGUCGUACGCUGUGGAACCCUUAUCACAUAUUGCGUGUGAGGUCCUAUGCAUAG